GAGGAGGCUGUGACGAAGAAGAAGAUGUUCCAGGACCCCCAGGCAGAAAAUGAGCUGAGGUUGGAGAGCAGGGAGAACACAUACCCCCUGCAGAACCUCGUGGAGGAGGCUGUUCUCAGUGUCUCCACAGCACAGGAAUCCAACGAGGAGGAAAAGUCCGAGAGUUUCCACACGAGGAGGGGCAGCAUGCCAAACCCAGGGUUCUCUGAGGGGGAAAGACCCACCCUGUGCCAGGAAGGCACCCCGAGCUUCAGCUGGGACUUGGAGCUGGGAGUCCUUGACGAGCUUCACAGCAGGGAGAAACCCUACAAGUGCUUGGAGUGUGGGAAGAGCUUCGGGUGGUGCACCACCCUGAUCCGCCACCUGCUGAUCCACACUGGAGAGAGACCCUAUGAGUGUGGGGAAUGUGGGAAGAACUUCAGCUCAAGCUCCCACCUGAUCCGCCAUCAGCGCAUCCACACUGGAGAAAGGCCCUAUGAGUGUUCUGAGUGUGGGAAGAGGUUUCAGAGCAGCUCCAAUCUCCUCCUGCACCAGCAGAUUCACACGGAUGAGAGGCCCUUCCGCUGCUCCGACUGUGGGAAGGGCUUCAAGCAAAACUCCCACCUCAUCAUCCACCAGCGCAUCCACACUGGGGAGAGGCCCUACGAGUGUCCUGAGUGUGGGAGGAGUUUUCAGACCAGCUCAGUUCUCCUCAGGCACCAGCAGAGUCACAGGGAUGAGAGGCCCUUCCGCUGCCCUGAAUGCGGGAAGGGCUUCAAGUACAACUUUCACCUCAUCAGGCACUGGUGCAUCCACACUGGGGAGAGGCCCUACAAGUGUCUCCAGUGUGGGAAG